AUGGCGCCUUCGCAGCCUUAUCCCCCACCCAUCUUCCUACCUCAAUCAAACCCAGAUUUAUCAACUUCGUUCUCAGCAGUGGCAACAAUCACCAAUAACAGCAGGAGCAUCAGACUCACCAACGACCUUGGCAAGUCCUUCCACGACGCUUACUCCCAACCUUGA